AUGGUUCGUUCUGCUUAUCUCUUCUCCGUGGCGGCUGUUGCGGCGGCUAUCAGUGCUACCGAUGGUUUAACCUCUCGUGCUCUCACGGAGAGACAGGACGUGAGUGCUGCUGGCAAUCCAGGAUGGGGCCACGGAUCCAAGAAGCCAAAGGUCAACUCAAAGAAACUGCAGCAAUCGAUUCGCGAGAGUGCGCUGUCGAAGAAGGCUAAAGAGCUGGAGGAGGCGGCCUACAGUACAAGUCAGCGCAACCGUGUGUUCAGCUCAGAGGGCCAUUUGAAUACUCUCGAUUUAAUUGAGGGAUACCUCGACACCGUCAGCGACUACUACACCUACCGCCGACAACCGUUCGAGGCACUAUACUCCCAAGCAAGCGGCAACUUCUCGGCCGCCGAGACAACCUACACGCCCAUCAUCUUCCAGUACUCGCCCUCCGGCACCGCCACCGCCCCCUUAGUCGCCGUUGCAAACGAAGGAUGCGCAGCAGAAGACUAUCCAGCCGAAGUGGCGAACAACAUCGCUUUGAUCGUUAGAGGUACCUGCGAUUUUGGUCUCAAGUCUUCACUGGCCGGUGCUGCGGGUGCUGUUGGAGCUGUUAUCUACAACAACGCCCCUGGCUAUAUCUCAGGUGGCACGCUGGGUCCUCCUCCUCGACCGGAGGGGGAGUAUAUCCCUACUGCUGGGAUCUCGCAGGAGAAUGCUACGGUGUUGUUGGAGGCUUUGAGCAAUGGGGAGGAGGUUCAGGGUGUGUUGGAGGUGGAGAGUAUUAUUGAAAAUAGGACGACAUACAACAUCAUCGCCGACACCAAAGGCGGCGACAAAGAAAACAUCCUCGUCCUAGGAGGCCACUCUGACUCCGUCUACGCCGGCCCAGGCAUCAACGACGACGGCUCCGGCAUCAUCGGCAUCCUCGAAACCGCCCUCCAACUCGCCAAAUACUCCACCAAGAACGCCAUCCGCUUCGCCUUCUGGAGUGCCGAAGAAUUCGGCCUGCUCGGAAGUGAAUACUACGUCGCCAACCUCAGCCCAGAAGAACUCCAAAAGAUCCGUCUGUACCUUAACUUCGACAUGAUCGCAUCCCCGAACUUCAUCUACGGCUUGUACGACGGCGACGGCAGCGCUUUUAACAUCAGCGGUCCCCCAGGUUCUGCUGAGGCAGAAGCCUUCUUCGCGAAAUGGUUCAAGGACCAAGGCCUCGCCACCACCGAAACCGACUUCGACGGCCGCUCAGACUACGGCCCCUUCCUCGACGCUGGCGUACCCGCCGGAGGCAUCUUCACCGGCGCCGAAGAGCUCAAGACAGAAGAAGAGGCUGCACUGUUUGGAGGCGAAGUGGGCGUGGCGUACGAUGUCAAUUAUCACCAAGCCGGAGACAAUUAUACAAACCUGAACUUCGAGGCUUUCGUGACGAAUACCAAGGCUAUCGCAGCAGCGGUGGCAGAGUACGGCAGUUCUUUUGACAGUUUGUCGCCGAGGAAUGCUACGGCCACGGUCAAGGCUAGGGGUGUACAUGCGCAUCCGCAUGAGAGGAGGCAGAAGGCUAAGCAUGUACAUCAUACGCAUGACUGUGGGAAGGCGCCGAAGGUGUUUAUUUAG